ACACAUAGCAAUGUAAAAGCGUAGACAAAUGAAAACCAGUUUUACUGAAAGGCCCAUUGGGCUUUUAGCGACGUGACAUUAAUCAACCAAAAUCGAAAGCAGAAAUGGCGGCACUAUAAACCUCGCAUUUCUCGGCACGCUUCGCCUGCAGUAACUUAAUGGCGACCGACGACAACUCCAAUCCAACCAACUCCAACAAGAAGAGAAAGAAUUACCUUCCCCAAUAUAGGCCAGUGAAAAAGGGCGCUUACCCAUUACGUGCGGGAGUUGAGGGAUUCUUCAUAACGUGUGAUGGUGGGAGGGAGCACCAGGCAGCAAAUGAAGCUAUCAGUGUCAUUGAAUCUUUCUAUGAAGAACUGGUGGAUGAUGCAGAGUCAAAGUUUGAGCACGCAGAACCACCGAAGAAGCCUUCAAACAAAAUCACGAAAUUCGCAUCAGAUUCUUCUGGAAGCGACAACGAUGACGAUGACGAUGAUAAAGAUUCCAAUAAAGAUGAUGCAAAGGAUAAAAACAAUCUAGAGACAAGGGAGGACAAAAACCAAAGUGCUGUUGCCUCGACUGACAAUGGAAAUGAUGAGUCAAGACUUGAAACUGAGAAUGCUGUGCCUCCUCAGAAUCAAACACCUACAGAGGAAGAGAAACCUGAGCAUCGAGAUACCAAAGAAGCUGAGACCCUGGGGCCACAGGCUAAGAGGCAAUGCACCGAUGCAGAUGCCGCGAACAGUGGAAGCUUGCCCAAAAAGGUUGAGACUAAAUCUGUUGAUAAGUUAAUUGAAGCUGAGCUGGCAGAACUGGGAGAUAAGAGCAAGAGGCGUUUUUGUAAACUUGACACCGGUUGUAAUGGUGUUGUCUUCAUCCAAAUGCGUAAGAAAGAGGGAGAUCCCAGCCCAAAAGAUAUUGUCCAUCACAUGAUGACUUCUCUUGCUGUAACCAAGAAACACGUCUCAAGGUUUCUUUUAAGGUUGCUUCCAGUUGAAGUAUCAUGCUACACGUCAGAUGAUGAAAUCAGACGAGCCAUCAAGCCUGUGAUCGAAAAGUAUUUUCCUAUAGAAACUGAGAAACCGCGUAAGUUUUCAGUUUUGUAUGAUGCUCGUGCAAACACUGGCAUCAAUCGUACAAAAGUUAUUGAUGCAGUUGCCAAAUCUGUUCCAUCAGUUCACAAGGUCGAUCUGGCUAACCCAGAUAUAAGUAUAAUGGUCCAAAUUGUCAAGACUGUUUGCUUGAUUGGAGUUGUGGAGAAGUACAAGGAAUUAGCCAAGUAUAACUUGAGGCAACUCAGCAGCCCAUUGAAGGAGCAGUAGAAUUAAUAUUUUGAAUUUAUGAAAGGUUUGGAUCUACAGUUUUUCUUCUACUGUUUUCAUUUGGAACUCAGCUGAAUUACUUGCUAAAUUAGGCAGACUUAAUAUUUGAUGAAUGUAAGUUUAAAGGGUCUACAAGUUGGAAGGAAUGACUAUUCCCUCAUCAUGAAUGGUGAUUUCGAAUUUCAAAACAUACCAAUCAUAUGAAUAGGAAUGGCCACUCCAUUUAAUAUCUCAA